AAAUCUGCCCCCGCUCUAAUUCACAAAUACCAAGGACAACCUUUGCUCUUUUCUUCUCAAUCUUUAUUUUCAUCCUGUGCUGCAUGUUGAUGGUAAAUUGUGGGUUAUGGAACAGCAGAGAACUCUCUCCGGUUCAUCACAGAGCCCUAGAUCUCCGUCAUCUUCCCAACCGUUUCUCUCUGUCUCCGUCACCGAUCCCGUUAAGCUCGGCAAUGGCGUCCAAGCUUAUAUCUCCUACCGCGUUAUCACCAAAACAAAUUUUCCUGAAUAUCAAGGACCUGAGAAGAUUGUCAUCCGACGUUACAGUGACUUUGUCUGGCUACGCGAUCGCCUUUUUGAGAAGUAUAAAGGCAUUUUCAUUCCUCCUCUUCCAGAGAAAAGUGCUGUAGAGAAAUUUCGUUUCAGUGCUGAAUUUAUUGAGAUGAGGCGGCAAGCAUUGGAUAUUUUUGUAAAUAGAAUAGCAUCACAUCAUGAACUUCAACAAAGUGAGGACCUGAAGUUGUUUUUGCAGGCAGAGGAAGAGACAAUGGAAAGAUUAAGGUCACAAGAGACUGGCAUAUUCAAGAAGAAGCCAGCUGAUUUAAUGCAGAUUUUAAAGGAUGUGCAAUCUAAAGUGAGUGAUGUUGUUCUUGGGAAAGAGAAGCCAGUGGAAGAAUCAGAUCCUGAAUAUGAAAAGCUGAAACAUUACAUCUUUGAGCUUGAAAACCACUUGGCUGAAGCUCAAAAGCAUGCAUACCGUCUUGUGAAGAGGCAUAGAGAGUUGGGUCAAUCGCUGUCUGAUUUUGGAAAAGCAGUAAAACUUCUGGGUGCUUCCGAAGGAAAUGCUCUUGGGAAAGCAUUUUCUGAACUUGGGAUGAAGUCAGAGAUUUUAUCAGCCAAGCUGCAAAAGGAGGCCCAUCAGCUCUUGAUGAAUUUUGAAGAACCAUUGAAAGAUUAUGUCCGUGCUGUACAAUCUAUUAAGGCAACGAUAGCAGAGAGGGCCAAUGCCUUCAGGAGACAAUGUGAACUAGCUGAAACAAUGAAGCUAAAGGAGAUUAAUCUCGACAAGCUCAUGCUGACUCGAUCUGAUAAAGUCGCAGAAGCUGAGCAUGAAUAUAAAGAGUUGAAGGCAGAGAGUGAACAGGCAACAAAGACAUUUGAGACUAUUGUGAAAUUAAUGAAUGAAGAGAUAGGGCGUUUUCAGGAACAGAAAACAUUAGAUAUGGGAAUUGCUUUCCAUGAAUUUGCCAAAGGUCAGGCACGUCUUGCUAACGGUAUUGCAGAUGCAUGGCGAAGCUUGCUUCCUAAACUGGAAGCAUGUUCCUCCUCGUAGAGAAUAAUUAAUGAGUACUGCAGAGCAUAGAAUGACGUACUCUUUCACGGUUUGUUACAGGGACUAGGGUUUGGCCGACACGUACGCAGCUCUUGUUUUGUAGAAGGGCUUACAGGAGUUAUCUGUUAUUUUAUAUUAUGUUGUAAAAGAUGUGAUUUCCUCACCUCUUAAUUUUGUACAAAAAGCUACGCCAACACCUUUUUUUUUUUUUGGACCACAAAAAGAACCAUCUUUAGACAUCACUAGGCUUCACAGAAAAAGGAAAAAAAAAAUCAAUUACUGUUGGGGUGUUCACCGACCUCGGGUCAUACUUUUGUGUUUCAAUCUGGUUUAAUUAAUGUCUUAUU